AUGGCGACCGGUGAGAGGCGAUCAAAUCUCAGGUUGCUCAGGAUGUCAUUGACUCUGGACCAAGGCGACACACGCAGGACUCGCCAUGGAGACUGUCUCAGACUGUGUACUUACAACGCGAGAACGGUGUCCACAGACGCUGAUCUACAUGCCCUUCUCGGCGCUGCAGAGCGUAUCAAAUCUUGCUCUUUGCUUGCUGCUUGCUUGAUUGCUCUGCAGGAGACCAUGUGCAGAAGGAGCGAGGUUCGACAGAUGAAUGACGGUAGAGUCGUCAUUCGUGGAAAGAAGGUUCCGUCGCGAAAUGUAGGCGGUGUUGGUUUUGUUGUGCACCCAUCUGUCGUCCAUCUUGUCGAUUCUAACGAGAUCCUGUCACCUCGUCUGGCCAUUCUUUGCCUCCGCCCUCUGGGCCGAAAACCCAUCAGUAUCAUGAACUGGUACUCACCAGCAUCAGCAGCUGACGAUUCCGAAUUGGACGCGUUUUACGAGGAACUGGAGGAAGUAGUCCGCAACGAGGAGUCCUUCUACAAAUUCGUUGUCGGAGACUUCAACGCUAAACUAGGAAAGGCCAGAGAAGAGGAAUACAGGAUUGGAAGAUUUGGACUAGGGGACCAGAAUGAAAAUGGCAACAGUCUCGCCGGGCUGUUGUCUGCCACUCGUCUCUUUCAUGGAAACACUCUUUUCAUGAAAAAAGAUCAUUGCGGUGGACAUGGGAAUCGCCCAAUGGCGCGACUCGUGCGGAGAUCGACCACAUACUCACCAACCGCAGGUGGUGCCUACUUGACGUUUCAGUAG